AUGCGACGGGCAAUGGAAGAGUCCCAAUUGACGUCUAUUUCGUCUGCCUCAAUAAAAUACAAUAUACCAAUUGGUACGUUGCAUCGACAUAUAAAGAAAGAUUCCCAUAAGAAGCAGUUAGGUAGAUUCAGAUGUGUUUUUAGUCCAGAAUUAGAAAAACUUAUUAGUGAGCAUGCUAGAGAACUUGACGCUAGAUUUUAUGGUCUCACGAGGGACAGUUUAAAACAGUUGGCGUACAGGGUAGCUGAACAGAAUGCUAUUAAACACCCAUUUAAAAAUAAGAAAGCGGGAGAGGCUUGGCUGCAAGGUUUCAUGUCACGCAAUCCUGAUUUAUCAUUUCGCACACCUGAACCCACAAGUAUAGCUCGGUGUUCUGCAUUUAACAGACAUCAAGUUGGAAUUUUUUACGACAAUUUGUGGAACAUUUUAGAGAAAUAUGAACUUCUACAGCGUCCAGACGAUAUCUUUAAUAUGGAUGAGACGGGUGUCAAGACUUCUGCUCAGAAACCACCCAAGGUCCCUUUCUGGCAAAGGAAAAAAACAAGUAGGAGUGAUAAGUUCGGCCGAAAAAAGGUCAGCUUACUACCGUAA